UUUAUGUACUUGUAGCAGGAGAAUUGUCUUCAGACAGUGAUGAUGUGCAUACAAGUUUGGAAAGUGAGAUGGAAGAAGAUUCUCAUCCAUCAUGCUCCACUUCCAUCAAAAAUCGAGGAACGAAGUACGUCUUCACUGAAAGAGUCGUAUCUGCCCUAGAUAAAUGCAAAAUUAGUGAUCGUUCAGCAAUGCAUAUUGUCACUGCCGUUGCUGAAGCACUAGGACAUAAUACAAAUGAACUCAUAAUAAACUGUACGUCAUUGCAGCGCCAAAGGCAUUUAAAUCGGUUAAAAAAAUCAGAAAACAACAAAGAAAACCUCAAGAUACCCUGUGGCACUUUGCAUUGGGAUGGAAAACUCCUUCCGGAAAUAACAGGUCGAGAAAAGGUGAAACGACUUCCAGUUGUUGUUACUGACAGGAAUGGCGAACACUUAAUAGGGGCUCCAAAACUAUAUGCUGCAACGGGCUCAGAAAUAGCUGAUACGCUGUACGAACUGAUAUUUGAAUGGGACUUGAAGGAUCAUAUUGUGGCCUGUUGUUUUGAUACGACAUCGACUAACACGGGCGUAAUAAAAGGAGCUGCAACGUUGUUAGAAAAAAACUUGAGCGAAAGCUUUUGUAUCUACCUUGUCGGCAUCAUAUAUAUGAAAUAUUGUUGAGAGGGGUUUUCGAGUGUUAUUUUCCCGUAAAUACAAGUCCAAUUGUUUCGCCGGUUUCAAGAGAAUUGGGAAAAUAUUGAUAAAAACAAUUUUAAAGACUUGUUACAAAACAAUGAAUUAAAUUUACGUUUGAAUGAUAACGUAGAUACUAUUUUAAAUUUUUGAAAGGAAGAGAUGAAAAAGAAAAUAGUUAGAAAUGACUAUAGGGAAUUAUUGGAAUUGACGUCUAUAUGUCUAGGAGCAAAUAACGGCGUAAAAUUUCGUAUACCAGGUCCAACUCAUCAUGCGCGGUGGAUGGCUAAGGCAUUAUAUUGCUUAAAGAUCUAUUUAUUUCGUGAACAGUUCAAACUAACGGAAUAUGAAGAGAAUUCGUUAGCAAGUAUAUGCACAUUUAUUAUAAGAUUCUACGUUAAGCUUUGGUUUAACUGCACCAAUCCAUCUAAAGCACCUCUUCAAGACUUAUCUUUUAUUAAAGAAGUUAACGAGUAUAGAAAUGUUAAUAAAAUAAUCUCUGAAAUUGCAAUAAAAAAAUUUUGUAAACACCUCUGGUACCUGUCUGAAGAAUGUAUUGCAUUGACAUUAUUCGACGAUGACGUUUCUUAUGCCAUGAAACAAAAUAUUGUGGAAAAAAUUAAAAACAUCGACAACUGCGACAAGGAAACGGAAAAUGUAAAGAGGGUACACUAAG